AUGGGAGGAGGCAAGAACAUUCCCUGUGAUCCUGGCUCCAAAAAGAUGGAUGGAACUGCAAUCGCAAGCCAGAAUCCCCAUCUCCAAGCUGUGGUAGACUUGGGCAGCAAUGGUAUUCGCUGCUCGAUUUCCGACCUUUCUGCUCCUGUGACUCGCGUCAUUCCGACGGUCCACUUUCACCGAGUCAACAUUUCCCUUUACGAAGCCCAGAUCGAUCCCGACAGUGGCAGCCGUAUCCCGAUCCCACAGUCGGUGAUUGACCGAGUUGUCAGUGCCAUCGUUCGAUUUCAAAUCAUAUGCGUGGAAAUCGGUGUUAUUUCCGAGAACAUUCGACUCAUUGCCACUGAGGCUACUCGUACGGCCGUGAACUCUACGGCAUUCACCGAUGCAAUCCGCGAUGCAACGGGCCUGUCUGUUGCGAUGCUACCGAAGGAGCAAGAAGGCAUCGUUGGCGCAUGGGGCAUUGCAAGCAGUUUUUCGGACGUGGAGGGCCUGGCACUCGAUCUUGGAGGAGGAAGUAUGCAAAUGACCUGGAUCAUCUCGCACUCCGGCAACGUGGACAUCAGCCCACAGGGAUCUGUUAGCUUUCCCUAUGGAGCGGCAGCUUUGACCCAGAGGCUUGCCGAUUUGAAGAGAGAUAAAAGCAAGGGAGAAGCUCGAAAAGCCAAGGAACACUUCCGCAAUGAGAUGGCAAGCAACUUCCGAGCCGCGUUUGAAAAGCUCGAAGUCCCUGAGAGCAUGGUCAAGAAGGCAAGGGAACAGGGCGGCUUCCCCCUUUACCUGUCCGGUGGUGGCUUUCGUGGCUGGGGAUACCUGCUCCUUUAUCUCCAUCAAACUCGGGGUCAAAGCUACCCUAUCUCCAUCAUCAACGGUUAUUCGGCGCCCAAGGAAGAUUUCGAGAAUACCGAGGCCCUCGAGGAAGUGGCACGGACGGCACACCAGAUCUUUAGGGUAUCGGAUCGACGCCGGGCACAGGUGCCCUCAGUCGCGUUUUUAGUGAAUGUUCUGGCCGAGUCAUUACCGCAUGGAAUUAAGGAGGCUCAUUUCUGCCAGGGCGGCGUACGCGAAGGCGUGUUAUUCCGCGAGAUGUUACCAGUCGUCCGUCAGCAAGAUCCUUUGGAAGUUGCCACCAGCCGAUACGCUUCUUCCUCGGCGGACUCUAUUUCAGCGUUGAUGCUCGCUGCUCUUCCUCGCCCUUCAGCCGAUCGGUCCGUCCCGACUUCUCUUAGCGUGCAUCUUAUUCAAGCAUUUGCCAAUGCUCUUUAUGUGCAUUCCACCAUGGCCAAAGAGCUCUCCUCUAGUGCUGCACUUUACAGUACGAGUACGGGAAUUCUUGCCUCGACGCACGGCAUUCCCCACUCACAUCGUGCGCUCUUGGCUUUGAUGCUUCAAGAGCGUUACGGUGGAGAGCUUCCACCACGUGAUGUGGAAUUCAAGUCUCAUCUCCAGGAAAUACUCACCCCAGAGGAAGUCUGGUGGACACGUUACAUUGGAAAAUGGGGCCUUGUCCUGAGCCAGCUUUACCCAACUGGGUCCAUUGACACAUUUAAGCCGCGCAUCGUUCCAUCCGCGGUGUGGGCGAGUGGUCUUGGCAAAAAGGGGAACAAAUCUGGCUUAAAAUUGGAAAUCACCAUUCAAAGAGUUUCUUCUGACCCAACACACUUGAAAGCGGAGCUGGAGCACGAUGUGAAAAAAAUUGAGAAGGUAGGGAAACGCAAGAACUGGAUUGGGGGCAGGGAUGGCUGGGGUAUGAAUAUUCUCGUCGACGUAAAGGAAGAGGAUCUAUUUUAG